GCCCAAUGAAAAGCUGGCCAGGGUCUUUUAUUAGUUCCAUACCAUUUGAUAUCAAAAUUUUCCUCCUCAGCUGCAUUAGGGUUUCUCUCUUCAGGUAAAUUCUUGGUUGUUUCGUUCGUUUUAAGAACAGAGAUUCGAAGAUGAGUAAGCUUCAGAGUGAUGCCCUUAGAGAAGCUAUUUCAACCAUUGUGGCUAAUUCCAAGGAGAAAAGUCGCAAGUUCACCGAGACCAUUGAACUCCAGAUUGGGCUGAAAAACUAUGAUCCCCAAAAAGACAAGCGUUUCAGUGGUUCCGUGAAGCUGCCACACAUUCCUCGUCCCAAGAUGAAGAUUUGCAUGCUUGGAGAUGCUCAACAUGUUGAAGAGGCUGAGAAGAUUGGUUUGGAUUAUAUGGAUGUUGAAGCAUUGAAGAAGCUAAACAAGAACAAGAAGUUGGUCAAGAAGCUUGCUAAGAAAUAUCAUGCAUUUUUGGCCUCUGAAUCUGUCAUCAAGCAGAUCCCCCGUCUCUUGGGUCCUGGUCUCAACAAAGCAGGGAAAUUCCCAACCCUUGUUACUCACCAGGAAUCUUUGGAGUCCAAAGUGAAUGAGACAAAGGCAAUGGUGAAGUUCCAAUUGAAGAAAGUUCUUUGCAUGGGAGUCGCCGUUGGGAAUGUAGCAAUGGAGGAGAAGCAGAUCUUCCAAAACGUGCAAAUGAGCGUCAAUUUCCUUGUUUCAUUGUUGAAGAAAAACUGGCAAAAUGUGAGGUGCCUUUACUUGAAGAGUACCAUGGGACCUUCAAACAGGAUCUUUUGAGUUAUGCAUGGAGUGAAAUCAUUUUUUUAAUUGAGAAUGUUUCAAAAAUUAUGUUAUUUGAUGUUGGAAAUCAUGAAUUUUUGAGACAUUGAAAAGUUUUUGUUUUGCGUUUCAACUGAACUUUCCAUGAAUGCCAAAUUUCCAUUUUUUUCCCUUUUAAA